GAAGAAGAGAAACGCCACGCCACGAGGACCAGCUAAGGUGCGAGAAGAAGAAGAAAGGAAUGCAUCGUUUCUCGUGAGGCCUGCACGGGCGAGCACGGACUACGCGAACGCCUGUGUGCCGCCGCAGCAGCUGCCUGCCGAACGAGCCAAGAGCGUACAGGGCGUCAGUCGAGUGCGAUGUGCGACAAGGCCGAGCAGGACCCGGAAGCGACUGUACUGACCAGCAACCCGGCCUCAGAGACCGACGAGCGGCAGAGCUCCUAUCCGGAGCCUGUGGACACCCUAGGCUCGUCACCAGUGGCGUCAGAGAGAACGAACAGUCCAAACACAGGGAGCAGUUGCAACAGCGCAAGUUCUUCCAAUCCAAGCGCAGUAAGCGAGAAACCGCAGUUUUACAUCGAGGUGGACGCCAGUUCUAUGGUCAACUUGAAAGCCGGAACCCAGUACACAUUGGUACCUUUGGAUUCGGAUCAGGCGACGGCGGCUGCCAUACCAACCUCUGGCUCCAUUGCUCAGACGCUUGCUUGGGGCCGUACGCUAGACGGACGAUUGCCUGGUGAAGAGCCAACCGGAAACCCUAGAGUCGUCUCGAAGGAGGAGCUGACCAGUGACGCAUUCGGCCUGGACCAGGGCAUGAUGAGCUCUUUCGAUGGGCCUACAGUGGCGGCUGGCAAGACCGAGGAGCCAGACACCACGCUCGACGCGGAGUUCGAGGGCUCCGAAGACAAGAUGACGUACACCCCCCUCAUGACCGUCUCUCAACAACAGCAACAGCAGCAGCAGCAGCAACCACAGACGCAUGACGCAACCGCUGCAGCAGCUGCUGCCGCACAGAUGUGCUCGAUGAAGAAAACGGUAGUUAAGACGGUGGCAACGCGUUCUCCGUGUGUGCGUGCUUGCGCGCAGCAACACGUCACCAGCGGCUACGACGCUGCGGCGCUGCGCUACCGACACCCGACGUCGCCCGUGUACGUGGCACCGCCGCAGCACACGCUCCAGCACCAGACGGCGACGCCCUUCCUGGUGCACCCGAGGGCCAGCUGGGCCCCUUUCACGGGCACCUCGACUCCACAGUGCUGCUGGCGUACUGAUUGUGGAUACCCCGGAGGAGCCAACAUCAGCAGCCCGUGCGAAGCCCUACAGACUCGGGCUUACCUCCCCAUGACGUCAGCCGGUCACUCCGGUACAGCGGCCGGUGCGGCAGCCGGUCUCGCCGGCGGUGCCAGCAGCAGCAGUGCUACAGCGACGGCCGCCGACAGCGGCCUGCACGCCACACUGGGAGCGGACGAGGUGACCUCGGCCGCCGACUUCAGCCGUGGUGCGGCCGGAGAUGCCGCGGGCGGCGACAUCAUGGGUGGCGUGACCACUCGCGUGGCCAACAUGGGACAGAUCCAGCACAUGGUCGGCCCGCUGGACAACGUACCGUACUACAUGCCUUUCAACGGCCGCGAGAACCACAACGAAAAGGAGCGGAAAAGGAGGACUCGCAUCAAGAAUGCCUGCCAGACCCUGCGGUCGCUUGUGCCCGGCUUGAGUGAGAAGACGGACAAGGCCACAGUGUUCGAAUUCACGGUGCAGUACCUGCUGCACCUACGCAGGCACCUGGGAACCAAGCAUGACAAGUCAAUUUCCCAGGAGUUCAUGGAGAAGUACUCACCCUAUUAGGAAAGCCGAGGUUUCGCGCUUGAUACAAGGGCAAGCAGUCCAAGCUAUGAGCCUGAUGUACAGGAGCGUGAAGCGCAUCUCGAUGCAUCCGUAACACCUUCAACGACUUGCUCACCCGGCGUGAAUGCGCAAAGAAGCUCCCGCGUUUGUGCCUUCGGACUGCAGGCUCAAGGUCAACGGUGGUUCGACUGUUACGCUGCUCAACUUGUGCAGAAGUUGUGACUUUUUUAAGUUUUCUUUUAAGCCCUGUGCUAUUCCGUGUCCACGUUUUUUUUUUUUUUUUUUUUUUCUUCGGGGAUGCAGGGUAAAGCGUGAUGAUCACAAGGCUCAGUGUUGUACCGACAGUAAAAAGUUUAUCCAUG